AUGUAUCGUUCUCUUGCGGCGAUCCAGCUGUCGAGACAGUUGUUUAAAAGCUAUUCCAGACUUCCGAGAGUGUUCUUUUCGUCUCAGAGCGCAGAUGAGUCGGACGACGACUUCAAGCCCAAAAGCAAGGUAAAGGACGAGAACCCGGAGGAAGUAUUGAAAUUCAUUGAUAAAAUAGUGCAUGAGAACAAGGUGAUGCUAUUUAUGAAGGGAACUCCCACAGCUCCUCUCUGUGGAUUCAGUUUGCGUGUCGUGAACAUUCUGAAGCGCUUGGGGUGCGAUUUUGCGAGUGCCAACAUUCUCACAAGCCCAUCGGUGCGGGAGAAUCUGAAGAAGUAUUCGGACUGGCCGACAUUCCCUCAGCUGUUUAUCAAAGGAGAUUUUAUUGGUGGAUGUGAUAUCGUGACGGACUUGUACAAGUCUGGAGAGUUGAAGAAGUUGUUGGAUGAUGCAGGCGCUUUGGUUCAUCCUGAAGUCGCUCCCUCCACUGAGGAGAAGAAGAAGCCGUAGAGUGGGGUUAUUCAAAAGCAAUUCUUUAGUGAA